AUGAAGACGGGAGCGAGGACGCGCGUAUUGCCCGCGUCUCGAAAUGGCUGGUGUUCUAACGUGGAGCCGAGUAUUCCCGGUGGUAUACGGGUAACGAGACCGAGUAUGCUCGGUUAUAAUACGAGUGCGCUCGUAUGCGAGGAAACGAAACCGAGUAUGCUCGGUAAUAUACGAGUAUGCUCGUAUGCGAGGAGACGAAACCGAGUAUUCUCGGUAACGUGCGAGUAUGCUCGCACGACGGAACGGAGGACGGUUCCUGGCGGCCGAGUAUGCUCGGCAGGAAUACGAGUAUUCUCGUAUCGCGGUCUAGAGCCGAGUAUGCUCGGCGAGGAUACGGGUGUGCCCGUAACGUGGAAGCGGUUCCUGGGGCCGAGUAUGCUCGGUUGGUGCACGAGUAUGCUCGUGCUCGUGAGGCUGCUGGACAUAGACUUCGAGUAUUCUCGAAGGAUUACGAGUGCUCUCGCAACAGGACGUUCACUGGCGAGCAGUGAACGGGAUCUGGAGGAAAAGCGGGGCCUCUUUUAUACCCGGCUGCCGCCCGACUGGCGAAGGAUCGGCAAGCAUCGGCGAUCGCCCAACAAACAUAACCUGCGUAACCUACGGAACAGCAGGUUUGAUCCCAUGAAAACCGACUUGGUUGUACCCGAAAUGUCGUCUGCUAUACCCCCGUCAGAGACCUUCAACCCUGCUACUGAUAGUUUACAUGCGUCUAUUAGACCGAUCAUCAUGCUGGCUCAAUGCUUCUCCAUGUUUCCGGUAUGCGGUGUCAAUAGAGCAGACGCUUCAUAUCUUCGAUUUACAUGGCGCAGUCCAAAAAUUCUAUAUUCAGCGAUUGUUUUCCUGGGAAUAGUUACUGUGUCAGUUUGUAACGUGUGGCAGUUGUAUUCCAUGGGAAUAAAUUCCACCAACAUGACAUCCUUUGUCUUCUUUGCUACAACUCUGGUGACUGCCGUCAUGUUCUUGCAGUUGGCAAGACAGUGGCCUUGCUUGGCAUCAAUUUGGGAGAAACUUGAGCGCGAAUUUAUUUCCAGACACCAAAAAGUUUCAAAGACUACCCUUGCAACUCGUUUUAAAAUUGUAACUGCCGUUGUCAUGUUGCUCGCAUUAGUGGAACACAGUACCGUUGUUGUUUCCACAUAUAUCAGUGCAGUGGAAUGUGCAGCAUAUCGCAACGAUACAGACGUUAUCGGUAUUUACUUUCAAUCACAAUUUCCUCAGAUUUUCUCAAGAAUUUCCUACAGUCUCUGGAGAGGAAUUUUGGUUGAAGUUAUAAAUAUUCUCAGUACAUUCUCAUGGAACUUUGUCGAUCUCUUUCUUAUUCUGAUCAGCAUAGCUUUGGUGGACCAAUUCAGGCAAUUAAACAGUCGUCUUUAUGCGAUAAAAAAAAAGGCAAUGCCGGACUGGUGGUGGACUGAGGCUAGAAACGAUUAUAAUUACUUGGCGACCCUAACGCGCAUAGUGGAUUCUCACAUCUCGAGUAUCGUGCUUCUGUCCUUUGCCACCGACUUGUAUUUCAUCUGCAUUCAACUGCUGUUUUCCUUCAAUCCAAUACGCGGUAUCGUACGGAAGAUCUAUUUUUGCUUCUCCUUCGGUUUUCUGUUGGCAAGGACAACAGCGGUAUCCUUGUACGCAGCUUCUGUUCACGAUGAAUCUCUUUUGCCAGCACCGGUUUUGUAUAGUGUUUCUGGUUCUAGUUACAGCAAUGAGUCUAGUCAGAGGCUGCUAAGCAAAAACCUGAACUGUUUUAAUAUACAAGGUGUCCCAGACCUACUCUAUCACCUGUUAAUGGCAGAUUUUUGA